CUCGCUUCACCGGUGCACUAUUCAAACUCACAGAAGUUGCUCUUAAAUAUUAAAAAGCACUGAAUUAAAAGUUUUAAACACCGUCUGCAUGGAAGAAAAGUCUCCUUUAUCGCUUGUUGGUGGAGUUGGAAUCGCUGUCGUGUCCAGUUUCAUUAAUGGCUCCACGUUUGUGCUGCAGAAAAAGGGAAUAUUGCGAUCUCGCAAAGCUGGAAAGACUUACCUGUCUGAUUGUGUGUGGUGGACCGGAACACUGGCAAUGAUAGUGGGUCAGGUCGGGAACUUCCUGGCACACAACGCGGCCCCGGCCGUGUUAGUGACUCCACUCGGAGCGCUCGGGGUUCUGUUCGGAGCCGUUCUGGCUUCAUGGCUCCUCCAGGAGCAGUUGGAGCUGCUGGGUAAACUGGGCUGUGUGCUGUGCUGCUGUGGCUCGGUGGUGCUCAUCGUUCACUCCCCGAAGUCCGACAGCGUGGCGUCAAGAGCCGAGUUCCAGCAGCGACUUCUCGACCCAGUGUUUCUGAGCUACAUCACCCUGGUGCUGCUGCUGUUGGUGCUGCUGAUUGGCUGGCUCUCUCCAGCGUAUGGAAAGUCCAACAUCAUGGUCUACGUGGGAAUCUGUUCCCUGUUGGGAAGCUUCACCGUACCGAGCUGUAAAGGCCUGGGUCUGGCUGCGAAGGAGGCGUUCGGCGGAGACUCGUCCCCUGAUGAUAACGGCGCUCUGUUCCUCUUCCUGUGCUUGCUGGGAAUUCUCCUCGUCAGCAUCCUCACCCAGUUCACCUUCAUCAACAGAGCUUUGGAGAACUUCAGCUCCAACGUGUUCGAGGCCGUGUAUUACGUCACGUUCACGUCCUCGGUCAUCCUCGCCACCGCCAUCUUGUUUAAAGAGUGGGAAGCGCUCGGCGCUCGGGACUGUUUGGGUAUUUUCUGUGGAUUCACCACGAUAUCAGUGGGAGUGGCGUUGUUACGCAUAUCUCAGGAAGCCGUGCUCACGUGGACUCCGCCCAAAACGAAAGAGGAGUAGUUUAUAUUUGAUCAUAUCACAUAACUCUGAAGAUCUUUAGCAUUUCAGCCAUCCUCGCCUAUAACGAGUGAUUUACACCCAUCCGUGUUAUAAUGCAGCGCCCCUUGCUGGGGACAGUUUAUUACAGCGACACAUUCUCACUUCCCUCUAUAGAAAUUUAUAGCAUUCUGUCACAUGAUUAAUCGACUGAAUAAAUACUACAACUUGUUUAAAGGUAUAAAAUAAUCCUAAUCCUUAUGUCAAUCCCGCUACCUCUUGUGUCAAUCCCGCUACCCCUUAUGUCAGUCCAGUUACCCCUUUUGUCAAUCCAGUUAUCCCUUAUGUCAGUCCAGUUAUCCCUUAUGUCAAUCCAGUUAUCCCUUAUGUCAGUCCAGUUAUCCCUUAUGUCAGUCCAGUUAUCCCUUAUGUCAAGCCAGUUACCCCUUAUGUCAAGCCAGUUAUCCCUUAUGUCAGUCCAGUUAUCCCUUAUGUCAGUCCAGUUAUCCCUUAUGUCAAGCCAGUUACCCCUUAUGUCAAGCCAGUUAUCCCUUAUGUCAGUCCAGUUAUCCCUUAUGUCAGUCCAGUUAUCCCUUAUGUCAAGCCAGUUAUCCCUUAUGUCAAUCCAGUUAUCCCUUAUGUCAGUCCAGUUAUCCCUUAUGUCAAUCCAGUUAUCCCUUAUGUCAAUCCAGUUAUCCCUUAUGUCAGUCCAGUUAUUCAAUUCAAUUCAAUUCAAUUCAAUUUUAUUUGUAUAGCGCUUUUUACAAUAGACAUUGUCUCAAAGCAGCUUUACAGAAAUAUCAACAUGGUAUACAGAUAUUAAAGGUGUGAAUUUAUCCCAACUGAGCAAGCCACUGAGUGGCGACGGUGGCAAGGAAAAACUCCCAAAGAUGUUUUAAGAGGAAGAAACCUUGAGAGGAACCCGACUCAGAAGGGAACCCAUCCUCAUCUGGGUAACAACAGAUAGUGUGAAAAAGUUCAUUAUGGAUUUAUAUGAAGUUAUCCCUUAUGUCAAGCCAGUUAUCCCUUAUGUCAAUCCAGUUAUCCCUUAUGUCAAUCCAGUUAUCCCUUAUGUCAAGCCAGUUAUCCCUUAUGUCAAGCCAGUUAUCCCUUAUGUCAAUCCAGUUAUCCCUUAUGUCAAGCCAGUUACCCCUUAUGUCAAGCCAGUUAUCCCUUAUGUCAGUCCAGUUAUCCCUUAUGUCAGUCCAGUUAUCCCUUAUGUCAGUCCAGUUAUCCCUUAUGUCGAUCCCGCUACCCCUUUUGUCAAUCCAGUUACCCCUUAUGUCAAUCCAGUUACCCCUUAUGUCAGUCCAGUUACCCCUUAUGUCAAUCCAGUUACCCCUUAUGUCAGUCCAGUUACCCCUUUUGUCAAUCCAGUUAUCCCUUAUGUCAGUCCAGUUAUCCCUUAUGUCGAUCCAGUUAUCCCUUAUGUCGAUCCAGUUACCCCUUAUGUCAAUCCAGUUACCCCUUAUGUCAAGCCAGUUAUCCCUUAUGUCAGUCCAGUUAUCCCUUAUGUCAAUCCAGUUAUCCCUUAUUUCAGGCCAGUUACCCCUUAUGUCAAGCCAGUUAUCCCUUAUGUCAAGCCAGUUAUCCCUUAUGUCAAGCCAGUUACCCCUUAUGUCAAGCCAGUUAUCCCUUAUGUCAGUCCAGUUAUCCCUUAUGUCAAUCCAGUUACCCCUUAUAUCAAGCCAGUUAUCCCUUAUGUCAAGCCAGUUAUCCCUUAUGUCAAGCCAGUUACCCCUUAUGUCAGUCCAGUUAUCCCUUAUGUCAGUCCAGUUAUCCCUUAUGUCGAUCCCGCUACCCCUUAUGUCAAUCCAGUUAUCCCUUAUGUCAGUCCAGUUAUCCCUUAUGUCGAUCCAGUUAUCCCUUAUGUCAAUCCUUUCAACUUUGCUUGUAAUUAGGAUGAACAGGCCAUGAUUUAAAGCCAGUUUAAUCACUGCUUUCCCAUUUGUAAUACUUAAUACAACAGAAUACUUCCAUCUUGCAGUUUAGGUACCAAAUUAAUUUCCUCUCAUUACAGACAUCAUCAGUCCACCACGCCAACAUUACUGUGAAACACCAUCAGUAACCGACCCGACAGUAGCUGAUAGUACUGUUUACAUAUUUACCUGCAAAAAAACAACAACCCUCUUACAUGUAAACAUUUGUGUUUACACUUACAACAAUUACAACACUUGUGUUUACAUGUAAAGACACAUCUGUAAAACCGAACACACCAAAUGUCUUGCUGCUACGUUUCUUGGUGACUCAGUAGAUGACAUGACACCACUCCUCAGGAGCAGGUUUGAUUAAAUGAUAAGAGGUAUGAUGUCACUAAUGACCUGUUUAUUAAUGAAGCCCAGAGCGUCCCCCCCCCCCCCCGAGUGUAUCGUAUUGUCAUAAAACUCCGAAUGUGAAGUUUCUGAUGCAGAAUAAUGACGUGUAGUGAGGAACGUGGCGCUGUGAGCUUUACCCCAGCGUCCUGUACAUACUGAAAGAGUACGUAUUCAACAUCUGACAGUCAUAGUUAUACAUUUAUAGCACAGUAGAACAAACUGUGUGUGUUUUUAAACUCUUAGUGCUAUUUGUAAUUACUACUAAUGUUGGAAAUGGUCAUUAUUUUAGUCUUAAUAAACAUAACGACAAGAAAUCUAGGCUAUACUAUAAUACUAAAUCCUCUACGUUCCUCGUUGUGCCACGCAAUGACUUUUAUAAAUGAAAUAUAAAACCCAAUUCUUGAAAAUGCACCAAAAAUGUAGUCAUCUUCAUGAACGGAUUCAUCUGUAUUUUUAUUUUGAAUGAAUUUUUUAAUAUUGUGAUGUUUAUACGUCCUGACACUGGGUGUUAGUAUAAAGUGGACUGUUUUUAUGAAUUUUUAUGAUUUUUUCCCCCCUGACUUUUCUCUGUAAACACGUGGAUUUACACGUACUGUAUAACAGACUUGUUAGUAAUUUAUAUUUAACGACCGAAUUUAAAAAAAAAAAACGAAAGCAGUAAGCACGACCAUACGACUCGUCUUUUUAUUUUUUAAACACGUGUCGCCAGAUUUUCAUCAUUUUAUCUACUAUUAUUUCAUUUCGUUUCAUCAACGAAGGUGUCGUAUGUCGAUGAAAUGUAAAUGAUGGACGUGUGGGCGGAGACUCGUUUUGUCACGUGAAUUCCUCUCGCCGUUCUUCCGCACUCUUUAUUCGUUAUUAUGUCACGAUUAUCGUUAUUUUUCAUAAACGGUGUCAGAAAUGUAUAUGCGUCAAUAGUAGUUUCCCCAAAACUGUCCGGUUUUAUCUUCAUUAUCGAUCGUUUUUAUCCGAUUUUAGCUACGUUUAGCUAAAAGGCUUGGGAGGGUUACAGUUACUUCUGAAAAAAGCGUAAUCAGUCACGUAAUCCAAGUAUCACAAUAUGCAAGUAAUGUAAUCUGAUUAAUUUUGGAUUACGUCAAGGUCAUAUAUGUCAAUAAAUUCAAAAGAAAAGCAACAGGAUCUUAAAUACUUUUAUUUAGAGCUUAUUUGAGAGCUUAAAAACAUGUUCAGUGUUUGGAUUUGUGGUAAUAAAAUAAAAUAUAAAAAGAUCACUGCCCCUGAUGCGGGUAACGUUACAUCACAAAAGCAUUUCAGAGAAAAAUUGGUGUUCAUUUCUACCUAAAUUCAUUUGCGCAUGCACCAGGGGGCUGCUCACGUGGCUCACGUGACUCACGACUGGCAAGGCAGAACCAGAACUGGAAUCAAGCAGCUGUCUGUAUUGUGUUAUAAGACACAUUAUUAUCAUCACAUAAAUAUAUAGAAAUAAAACCGGUUUCACUCUGCGCACGUUUUCCUACAUUCUUUUGACUGUCUGUGGGAUAAAAUAAAAUAUCAGAUGCCACGAGUGAACCUCCUGCCGUCAUUUACACAUCCGAAUGGCCAUGUAAUACGAAGCACUGCGAUAACAUGAAAUUAAAAAUGACCUCAUAUGGACACGCGCGUGUUUUCGAUUCAGGACAGCUGAGAUUCGCUGCUAUUGUCAAGCAACUGUUUGACUUGAACACAAACAUCGCGUGUUCGCUGAGAGUAGGGUAACGGUUGAGAGGAAGGAAUUUGGCCAAUAGUUGUUGCAAUCGUUUUACAAUCGACCAAUCGGUGUGCGAGAAGGCGGGACUUACAGAGAAGGGUUAAAGCGAUGCAAACACACGCACACACAUGAUGCAGUAUUAGACCAAAAACACACCAUAAUGAAACUACCCAAGACAUUUUCUCAAGUUUAGAUGCUUUUUUAAGGUCCGAUAAAGAGGACGUGUCCGGGAAGAAGAGGACGUACGGUCAAAAGAUUAAUGCCCUAACAAAAGAUUCAUUUCUUUGGUUUAAAUUUUUUAAAAAUGUAAUCCUGAUAACAUUCCUACUUUUUUUUUUUAUUAUUAUUAUUUUUU